AAACUCCUCUUUCCAAGUGUUUCUUCCUCUGCAUCCUCUCACCAUCCGCCUUCUUCCUCUUUCACCUUCUCUUCUGUUCUAAGUUACUCCAAGCAACCCCACAGGGGAAAAAUAUGGAGGGAAAAGCAGGAAGUUGGGGCGACUUCAUGCGGAGGGCGAGGCCAUACAUUGCCAUGGUGUCGCUGCAGUUCGGGUACGCCGGCAUGAACAUCAUCACCAAGGUCUCCCUCAACCGCGGCAUGAGCCACUACGUCCUAGUCGUCUACCGCCACGCCUUCGCCACCGCUGUCAUCGCCCCCUUCGCCCUCAUCCUCGAGAGGAAGGUGAGGCCAAAGAUGACAUUCGCCGUGUUCAUGCAAAUCUUUGUGCUCGGCCUUCUCGGGCCGGUGAUCGAUCAGAACCUUUACUACGCGGGUCUGAAGUUCACGUCCCCGACCUUCUCUUGUGCCAUGAGCAACAUGCUCCCCGCAAUGACUUUCGUCAUGGCGGUUCUCUCUAGGAUGGAAAAGGUGGAUAUGAAGAAAGUGAGGUGCGUGGCGAAGGUGGUGGGGACGGUAGUGACGGUGGGCGGCGCCAUGCUGAUGACGCUGUACAAGGGAAAUGUCCUCAACUUCCCGUGGUCCGCACAUGCCCACGGCCACGCUGCAAACGGCUCCGAGGUGCCGGAACCCACCGACAAGGACUGGGCCAAGGGCUCCAUCUUCCUCAUCAUCGCCACCCUCGCUUGGGCCUCUUUCUUCAUCCUCCAGGCAGUGACCUUGAAGAGAUACGCAGCACAUCUCUCCCUGACGGCCUUGGUGGUGUUCAUGGGCACGCUUCAGUCCAUUGCCGUGACGUUUGUGAUGGAGCACAGGGCUAACGUUUGGUCCAUCGGCUGGGACAUGAACCUUCUCGCCGCUGCCUAUGCUGGGAUAGUGUCGUCGAGCAUUGCAUACUACGUUCAAGGGCUGGUCAUGAAGAAACGAGGCCCGGUCUUCGUCACCGCCUUCAGCCCCCUGAUGAUGAUUAUCGUGGCCAUCAUGGGUUCCUUCAUCCUCGCCGAGAAAAUCUACCUCGGCGGGGUUCUCGGUGCUGUCCUGAUAGUAGCCGGGCUCUACUCGGUGUUGUGGGGCAAGCACAAGGAGUUACAGGAGAAGGAGGCAGAGGAGAUCCCUGAGCCGGUCAAAGACCAUCAGAACGGCCACACGCAUGACCUUGAAGCUGCUCAUAACAACGGCCUCGAGUUGCCGAAUCACGACUUCUCGGUCGUGACCGUGACCGGCCCGAUCAUUCAGCCUCCCAUGGUCGCCGUGGAGGCCCCGAGGCCCAACUGAUCUGCCGCAACUUAACAUCGAGAGAAAACUGAAGAGUUUAGUAAUGAAAUGAGAAUAAGAGGGGGGAAGAGAGGGAGGGGCUUUUUGAAUUUUUCUUCUUCUUCUUUUGUUUUUUUUUUUUUUUUUGGUGUUUUUCAUUUUUUUGAGAUUACUGACGACGACGGCCCUUUGGUGCCCUGUAACACUAUGAUGAACACGAAAAAAAUUU